AUGAACACCACCAAUGGUUCCUCGUUGUCCACCUCUAAGAGCACCUCGACCCUGCGUCCGCGGACACGGCGGUUGAUCUCCAUCGAAGAUGACACGUACGCGACCGAUGACAGCGAAGACUUCAGCUCGCGGGCCGGCUCGAGGAUAGCUUCGAGGACAGCGUCGCCGGCCAACGUCACUUCAGCGCCCUCAGCAUUCCUCAGGUCCGCCGGCGUCCAAGCCUCGAAAGCUACUCGCGACACUUCGUCGACACUGUCGGGACUCUGGGGGAACUCCUGGUCAGCAGUCCAGGGCCUGGCGGCCAAUGUCCUCGGCAGUGAAACAGCAGCCAGCGGUUCGGCUGCUGCUCGCCGACGCAGGCCUACCCACACGCGACGCACAUCCACCAGUGCUCCGCCGCCAAAGCAAUGGGGCCCCGCAGGCGCUGGCUCGCAUGUAGGCGCUGGCACACACGAAGAGAGGGAGGCCAUGGUGCGGGCUAUGAAGCGCCGGGACCUGCUCAACGCUACCGAGCAUCUCCAGCCCGACUCAAUUGGCCGCAUAAAGCGCAGGAACUCGGACGACCGCACGAAUGCCUCCGCGCCCCCCGCCGAGAACGAUCACGGCGACGCGCUGAUAUACAUACACCGCGUCAAGAAGCAGGACACGCUUGCCGGCGUCUGCAUCAAGUACAACUGCGAGCAAGCAGUGUUGCGCAAGGCCAAUCGCAUGUGGCCAAAUGACACCAUUCUCUCGAAGAAGACGAUCGUGCUUCCGGUCGACGCUUGCGGGACAAAAGGACGGCCAGUACAAGGGCCAGAUGCGCUGCCAGAAGAGGACCUGCUGCUUGGAGAAUUCGCCGAGUCUUCAGGGAAGAAGCCAGACACCGACGGCCUACCCAAUGGCUGGACCACGCCAAAGCAGAGAAGCACAGACUCCAGCUCCGUCGUAUCCUCGAAUGCCGCCGCCGACCAGCCCUGGACACACGACUCGUGGGUUCUUCUCCCCAACGACAAACAACCCACACAGAUCGCCCGCAUGCCCCGCCGUGCUCUGGGCUUCUUUCCACCUGCUCGCCGGAAAUCUGUCGCCUACUCGGAUGUCGCGUCCACGCCACGCGCCUCCGUCGACCUACCUCGCUCCUCGACCUCCACCAACCCCAACACGCACACAGGCUCGCCCUCGCAGCCGACCCGACCUCGCGCCUCAAGCAACAUUUCCUCUCUCUCUGCACACAGCCGCCAACGCAGCACAUCCGGCCAACAGCAGCCGCCGAAGCCCUGGCUCUCUGGCCCUGGCGGCGUCGGCACACUGGGUCGUAACGUACGCAGCCCGGGGCCCGCGCAAGACGGUCUGAACAAGAUGUUCGCCGCGCACCUGCCCAACAUGGCGCCCCCACCGGGCCAGGAAUACUUCACGCCUUGGGCGCCCUCACUGCUUGACGCAGAUGGCACACGCAGCUCAGGCAUCGUUACGCCAGCGGGAGGAGACAUCAAUUUCCAGGAAAUUGGCGGCGCGAUAGAGGGUUGGGUCAGGAAAGUUGGAUCCCAGGCGCAAAAAUUGCUUGCCGAGCCUGGCACGCCGGGUGGAAGGCAGAAGGUCGUGCCUGGUGUAGGCGCGACUGGUGGCGGCCUGGGCGAUUUGAUUGAACUGCAGGACGAUGCUUUUGAGAUUGGCGAUGGCGAGGAUGAUAGAGGACGAUCGAGGGAGGGGCUGGUGGUGCCGAGCAUCAAUGCGGAAAGGAGUACGAGUAGACACUCUGCGGUCAGAGAUUCUGCGAUGAGAGCGCAGCAGUUCCAGAGCUCGAGGCAGGACUUCAAUCUUGUGCUGAGGGAGAGAACGCGGAAGGGCGAUGGCGGCAAGACGGAUUGA